GCACAUACUUACUACUUGCCCGUGCUUUUGAAGCUUAAUAUAAAAAAACGAGAACAAUUAUAAAAAUUGCUGUAUCAUUCUAGUUUGCAACAGUUGAUUCAUUUGCACUUUGUGGACAGGGAGCUCAGCAGGUAGUUCAUUAGGAAGCGCCACUUUGUGGUUUAUGAUGCUCCCACAGCUAAUGUGCUAACAAGACCGACUGGAGGACAGAAAACAUGUUUCUCGGAAUCGUUUUAGUCGCUGAUGUGUUUCUUCAUAUGUUGACUUUUGAGAGUCUCUUCCAUGGGUGUUCAGGAGUACGAGAUGUGUUCAACCAGUCUGCUGAGUACAGUCUUAAAGAGGAUCUACUGGCGGGAUACAAUAGAGACGUCAGACCAAAAAUAAACGCUUCAGAGGCACUUGAUAUUGACGUGAGAAUUAACCCAAAAUCAAUUGUUAAUCUGGAGGUGCAAGAGCAGGUGCUCACUCUAUCGGUGGUGCUGGAGGUGUAUUGGUACGACGAAUUUCUUACUUGGGAUAGCAAAAACUACGAUGGAAUUAAAUACACAUCAUUUUCCGGUUCCAGCAUCUGGCUUCCAGAAUUAAUGCUCACCAGCAGCCCAGAUGAUGUUGCCAAAAUAAACUUUCCCUUAUCCAACUAUCACGUCAUCGUCCAUGAGAACGGGUGGGCAUCAUAUGUCCUUCACACACAUUUCUCGACUACUUGCAUCUUCAACGUGGUUAUGUAUCCGCUGGACACCCAGGUGUGCGAAUUUGACGUGCGUCCACGCAUCUCCUUACCCAGUCUGGUCAAGAUAAAGAACCUAGAGGUAGACAACUCGCAUUAUGCCAAUAGUUCUGAGUGGGAAAUGGGCGAAACAUCUUGGAAUAUAUAUGGUUUUGAAGAAACCGACACCAAUACCAGUGCUUUUGAUAGCAAGGACGGCAUGAACAUGACGUUUAUAGUUAAUGAUGGCAAGGCAGUCAUAAAGUUUAGAUGGAAACGGAUGGCGGGAUACCAUUUUGUUACCAUUAUUGUACCAACGGCGAUAAUAGCGGCCAGUACCGUUAUGUGCUUCUGGUUACCACCAGAUGGAGGAGAAAGAGUGUCAGUGGGCCUCACAGUGCUGCUAUCCCUUAUGGUGUUUCAAGAAUUGGUGGCGAACUAUGUCCCUGUGUCCUCUACAAACAUGCCUUUGAUUAUUGUCUACAUAUGCAUCUUAACAAUCUGUACGAAGGUUUCUCUGGUAUCUUCCAUCAUUGUCAUCAACAUUCAGAAUCGCAGCCAACUAGGGCAACGUGUACCAAGAUGGGCGCGGCAGUUCAUUUUCAAUUUCUUAGCAUACAUAUUGUGCAUGAGAAUCCCUGAUCACGUGCGCCGUGACCUGAAGAAACGACGCUUGAGCAAAAAUCGGGUAAACAGUCAAGCCUCCACUCCUUCUCAUGGCGUCAGAGAAGUCCCAAAAAGUGGAAAUUCGCCAGGUUGCAGCAGAAAAAUCCAAGGAAACUGUGAAACCGAAACCGUUGCAGCAAACGAUGAAUCAAAUUUGCUCGAGACUGAGUGGAUUCUUGCUGCUAAGGUCACCGAUUCGGCACUGUUCUGGAAUUACAUCAUACUACAAGGUAGCGCCAUAUUCUUGGUGAUUGGAACGCCUCUCAUUUACAAAGAUUCGCCGAUUAGUUCCUUUAUUGAUUAGUAGUAGAGGAUGUUUGCUUUAGUUAUGUACGAAGAUAAACAAGACAGUUGGAAAGACAAUUGGUUUUUGGUCCACAAAGCCCACCCAUUCAAUAUUUAAAAGUAAAACACAUCUUUUCGGCCGCCAGCUGCGAUUUGCCAUAUCUCGUCCUAUCGAAAUUUUUCGAUGACAAUUAAUAGUGCAAUAAAUUAAUUUGCUUUCUGAUUGAUAAGCAUUUAUAUGACUUGGUUAUGCGGUGUUUAAAAUAUUUUAACUUCGGUAGUAGUAAUAGUUGUAAAACUUGUUAUUGUGAAAGUUUGCGUUGAAUUUCGUAUGGCCGAAUACAAAUGAAGAAAUUAUCUGAACAUGAAAUCGUAGCU